UCUAGGGUUUCCUCUCCUCUUAGGCCGCCGCCACCGAGAGCCGCGGCUUCUUCGUUGCGGAGAGAGAGAGAGAGCGAGCUCGUGCGAAGCCUACCCUUCGCCGCCGACGCCGCCGCCAUGGGCAAGUACUCGCGGGAGCCGUCGAACCCGACCAAGUCGGCCAAGGCCAUGGGGAGGGAUCUGAGGGUCCAUUUCAAGAACACAAGGGAGACAGCCUUUGCACUUCGCAAGCUGCCUUUGGUCAAGGCUAAGAGGUACCUUGAGGAUGUUAUUGCCCACAAGCAGGCAAUUCCCUUCCGAAGGUACUGUGGAGGCGUGGGACGUACUGCACAAGCAAAGUCUCGCCAUUCAAAUGGGCAGGGCAGGUGGCCUGCCAAAUCAGCCAGGUUUAUUUUGGAUCUGCUAAAGAAUGCUGAGAGUAAUGCCGAUGUUAAAGGCUUGGAUGUCGACAACCUCUUCGUUUCACACAUCCAGGUGAACCAGGCCCAGAAGCAGAGACGCAGGACAUACCGUGCUCAUGGACGCAUUAAUCCUUACAUGUCCUCACCCUGCCACGUUGAGCUUAUCUUGUCAGAGAAGGAAGAGGCCGUGAAGAAAGAGCCUGAGAGCAGUAUCGCACCGAGGAGGCAGUGAGCUCGUCUGUCCAAGAGUCGCAGCUGUAGUUUUUUCUAGUACUUGUUAUGGCAGUGUUCUAUUUUUGUUUCCGGUACCAUUGUUUUAGUCGGAACUUGUUAAUGUUGACUCUAUCCUUUCGUUUGUGUAUGAUCAAAUGGUAACGAGUGCUUACUUGACUUGUCUGCCAAAAUUUUCCUUUCCUAUAUAAAAGCUCAUCAUCAACUGCCUUUGAUUGCUUA